AUGUCGGCAUCAACAGGGGCUAAAUCGGGGCUAGGAUUGAGGAGAACUGCUUCGAAUAUCCUGUUCAGGCAUAAGGAGAAUCACCUCCAACCCGAAGCACCUCGCAAGUCGAAUACAUACGCUCUUCCACAUUGUACUGGAAGCCUGCUUCUACCAGAACCGACCCACCUGACACUCCGCGAACGUACGCCCAGUCCGCAAAGAUCGAGACACAUCCCGAUCAUCGUAAACACCUCCAGCGAACCGCGAACACCUGAGUUUUUAGAGCCCAGUAUCUGCUUUUCUAGCUCAACCUGCACCUUUGAAUGCUAUCAAGACCCUCGCCCUCAGUUUGGAUUUGUUGGACCAAUCACACUGGUUGAUAUUGCGGGACCAUCAUUUGUACCACCCAAGGAUCCCAAUAAUCGCAUCGAUCCCAUCUCCUUUGAUUCCGACAUAACCCCCGAUUGCGCCGAAGAGCAACGACAUGUCGACUUGACCCGGUCUUCCUCACCAGUUCCCAGUCUCUCCACAAGCUCUUUCCACACGGCAGAAGAUCCCGAUUUCCAAGACGUGCGCGCGUCUGUAGCAACAAUGGCACAGCCACCUCCUCCAAAUCGUACGAACACGCUCGAUCACUUGAUCGCCUCACCCUCACCAUCUCACCUGACUUCGAGAAAGGGCUCAAACGCUCAACUCUCGGUCGCAAGCAACCACUCUGGCAUGUCGAGACGAGACGACUAUGAAUCUUCCUCAGAGAUGGACGUGAUGAGCCAUGCUUCAGAUCAUCACAUUCGCUCAGCUGCCGGCUCGCCCAUUCCACCUCAGACUCCGAGCGCUACUUCGGCCAACGCAAACCUAUCUGGCUUGGUAUGCAACGUACAUCGCACUACUGGAAGAGAGCCCCAUCCCCUUGUAGGCGCUACAACCACAAUACUCGGCGAUAAGAUGUACGUGUUUGGAGGUCGCAAGAUUUCAAAAUCUCGCCCUACUUUGACCUCGGAUCUCUACGAGCUUGAUCUUAUUCGUAGACAUUGGUCCAAGAUAGAGACCAAGGGCGAUGUUCCACCUCCGAGAUACUUCCACAGUGUGUGUGCUCUUGGAGACAACAAGCUCGUAUGCUAUGGAGGUAUGUCGCCCGAAGGUGGCCCAGCGGCCCAGAACGAGUCUCCUGAUGCCCAGGUUAGCGUCAUGUCUGACGUACACGUCUACGAUAUUCCCUCACAUACAUGGACAAGAAUCAGCACGGGAGAGGCACCUCAAGGCCGUUAUGCCCACUGCGCAGCCAUUCUCCCCUCGGGUGCAGUCUUUACUUCCUCCAACGCACCCCUUUCCGCUAUACACCACAACCCGUCAGGAGUCCAACCAAAUUCAGGCUCGAUCGGCGUGGAACUCGACGGAAGAGGUGGCGCUGAGAUGAUUGUUGUUGGUGGCCAGGACAGCGGCAACCACUACAUCGAGCAAAUCAGUGUGUUCAAUCUACGCAGCUUGAAGUGGACCUCCACCAAGCCUAUUGGCGGUCGAAGCUGCGGUGCGUACAGAUCUGUCGUUACGCCUUUGGUCAGUAUGGAAAGCACCAAAGUUGGUGCAGGACACGAAGCAUCGAUAGAUGAUUAUGACGAGGACGACGAGGACGAUGACACCGACCUCAACUCUUCGGGUUCUGCUAUGCUCAUCUACACCAACUACAACUUUCUUGACGUCAAGCUCGAGCUUCAGGUCCGCAAUCGCGAUGGCACACUCGUCGAUAAACAAAUGCAGGGCACAGUGACACCCCCUGGACUCCGAUUCCCUACAGGUGGUGUCAUUGGUAAUAACUUUGUGGUUGCUGGUACAUUCUUGACGUCUUCCAAGCAGGAGUUUUCACUAUGGGCCCUUGAUCUUCGAUCCUUAACUUGGGCUCGUAUCGAUAGCGGAAGCAGUAUAUUCAGUCAAGGGAGCUGGAACAGAGGUGUUCUCUGGGAGCGCAGAAACUCCUUCAUUAUCCUUGGAAACCGCAAGCGGAACCUCGUGGAUGACUACAAUAACCGGCGGUUGAACUUCAACAACAUGUGUGUCGUUCAGCUCGAGGCCUUUGGAUUAUACGACAAUCCCAGAAAGGUCUGGCCUACCUCUGACUACGUAUCAGCCAGCGCUCCGCAAUACCAACCAGGCUCCGAAGGCUCAGCAGGCGGAAGAAGACUAUACAGUGGUGCCGAGGAGUUGGGCGAGAUGAUGAUCCAAUCGCGUGAACUCUGUGACAUGGAUUUCCUUGCUAUCGAUGGCACUCGGAUCCCUGUCAACUCUCGUUUCAUCGGCCGCAGAUGGGGUCCUUUCUUCAACCAGCUUGUGCGCGAAAGUGCUGGUCCCAGCGAGAGUGGCGAGACUGCGACUCUCAGACCAGGCACAUCAUUGACUUCACGCAACUCUAGCAUCACUAUCACGCCUACACUUACUUCCAACGGAUCAACCCUUACGGCCAACAGCGUGACUGGCACCGCGCAGACACUUGAACCCGCUGACGUCAGGAACCUGCCACCAAAUUCACGCCCAAGGACAUUGUAUCUUCCUCACACGGUUCCAGCACUGCAGGCACUGAUUCACUACCUUUACACUGGUUCACUGCCUCAACAACCAUCACAUCUCGCGACGCCUCAGAUAUUCUGCUCUCUGCUUCAACUUGCCCGCCCCUACGAGAUCGACGGUCUGGCUGAAGAAGUGACAGAGCGAUUGCACGAGACGCUGGAUGGGCGUAAUGCUGCAGCCAUCUUCAACGCUGCAGCCAUGGCAGCUGGCGGUGGCGAAGGUGUCGUGUUUAAAGACAUCAACACCAGUAUACACCCGCCUCGUGUGCAGAGCCUCGCGGGCAUUGAAUCCUUGUCUAUCAACGGCACUGGCGGUCGUAAUCCUUUGCGUGUGGAUACCGAGAUGGCUAAUGGACGCACUACACGUACGACUUUGCGUGGAGAAAGCCUGGCCGAAGAGGACGAAGAUAUUCCAGACUCGGCCUCCACAGCCGGUUCAGCAUACAGCAUCACGAGUAGUCGCCAAGGUGGCCGUGACGAUGAGGACAUCUGGGAUGGCGGUCAAAGUCAUGUCAUUGGACUGCAGAAACGUGGGUUGCGUGGCCUAAUGGAAGGUCGCCGUAUCCGUGAGCGAGGUCGCAGUGAUGGCACGGGUGUAGCUAGCAGUGUUGCUGGCAGCAGCAGCAUCACAGGCGGAAGCGUGGCUAGUGGGAGCAUUAGUGGUCCUUCAGAUACUCAGGGCCUUGGCUUGGGCAUCUCGUGA